GCGGCUCACCUGGGUGGCGGGGGGGUGCGCUCUCUGCCGUGCCCAGCUCGGAGCUCCCCACCUCCCCAGGCGCUCGCAGCCCCUCUCUAACAGGUGGCUCGGUGCCUGCCCCGCUCCCCGGCGGCUCCUGCGCUUCUCUGCUUCUCCUCGCCGCCGCCUAACAGGUGGUGGUGCCGCCGCGCCUUCCUCCGUACAGCGGGCAUGGGGAACCAGGUGGAGAAGCUGACCCAUCUCAACUACAAGGAAGUUCCCACGGCCGACCCGACAGGUGUGGACAGAGAUGAAGGGCCAAGGAUCGGGGUCUCCUACAUCUUUUCGAAUGACGAUGAUGAGCUGGAGCAGCAGCAGGAUUCGGUGCAUGACCUGGGCGGUGAGAACCCUGCCCUGCAGCCCUACGAUCCCCAGCUGCACGAGGUGGAGUGCUCAGUUUAUUACCGGGAUGAGUGUAUUUACCAGAAGAGCUUUUCAGAGGAGGACACGCAGCUAGAGGAGGGUGAUGAAGGAGGUGGGGGGCAUCUGAGCACCUACACCCCGGAGAACCUGCUGAAUAGGUGUAAGCCAGGUGACCUGGUGGAGUUUGUGUGCCAAGCCCAGUAUCCGCACUGGGUGGUCUACGUGGGGGAUUUUCAAGUCGUGCACCUCCAUCGGCUGGAGGUGGUGAACAGCUUCCUCACCGACGCCAGCCAGGGCAGACGCGGCCGCAUUGCCAACCAGCUGUACCGCUACAAACCCCUCAGCCCGGCCGUGGUGGUGCGCAAUGCCCUGGAGCAGGUGGGCUGCAAGGAUCGGGACUUGAGCUGGAGAAACUCGGAGUGUUUUGCUGCCUGGUGCCGAUAUGGCAAGCGAGAGUUUAAAAUCGGCGGGGAGCUGCGCAUAGGCAAGCAGCCCUACCGAUUGCAGAUCCGGCUGGGGGACAAGCGCAGCCACACGCUGGAGUUUCAGAGCCUGGAGGAUCUGAUCAUGGAGAAGAGGAGAAAUGACCAGAUUGGUAGAGCUGCUGUGAUCCAGGAGCUCUCCAGCCACCUGCAGGCUGCAGAGGAGGAGGAAGAGGAGGAUGAAGUCCAUCAUCAUCCAGGUGCUCAGACUGCUGUGGAAUAGCAACCUCAGCACCACCAUUCUGCUUAGCCUGGGUGAUGGGGAUUAAAACUGAAGGCUGCGAAAUUGAGCUGUUAUAAGCCCUUUGGGCUGCUUCGGUGCAGCUUCAUUCCAAUCACAUGUGAAAGGAAGGGGGAAAGCUGCUUAAGUGUCUGUGCUUUAGUGCUUAACUCCUUCAGUGCUUGAUGACAAAACCCCUGACUUAAUAUUUGUAGAGGAUAAAACUCAGGGCAAUUCUACCCCUCUCCUCUCUCUUUCCCUUCCUCUCUGCCAUAUUCGCCCAUAGCCUUUUCCUCAACCAUCUGCCAGUAGGCCUGACCCAACAAGAUGCUAAAUGCCUUUGACAUCUACUUCUCAGCAGAAGUUAAUAGUUUUUAAUGCCAUUAAGAAGUAGCCAACAACUUCCAGGACACGACCGUGUAGCUCUGAACAUGAGGAUAUUGUUUUCCCUUCUCUGCUACUGUUUCUCUUCAGCUGUGGCUUCUGUUGGUAUUGCAAGGAGCUGCUCCUCGCCUGGUUCAAGGCUUUGUGGGUUUGGGAACCAGUUCCCCAGAAGAUCUAAGGCAGAAAUCUCCACUGAUUUUAAUGAAAUGGGUUUGAUGUGCCUGGUGCCUUCUUAAUUGAUAGGAGGUUGCAGGCGGGCUGGGAGACCUUCUCCUUUACCAUCAGCAUGUGGCUUUGGGGACAGAAAAUGAAUUUGUUGCCAGCAGGUCCCAGGGAAGGAAGUUUGCCACCCCAGCUGUACUCUGCACACUGGUGUGUGUUGGGACUCCUACAGGCAGAUGCUGAGCUGUGUCAGGGCUCAUUGCAGGCUGCCUUGACCUCUCCUAAAGCAAGAGGCAGAGCUCCUGACCAUGUCUGUAAUACACACAGAGGCAGUAGAGGCAGGUUGCUUAUGUGUAAGAGUAUGUCUAGAGUAAGCUGUCCCUCAAGAGGUUGACCUCUUGGCUGGGUGUUUCUGGCUGUGAGGGUGCCACAGGUUCUGCACCACAGUGAACAAAGCUGUGAUGGAAGGGAGCACAGGCUGGAAGACAUUACAGGGCUUGGGUGUUCCAGAGCAGUUUCCUCUUCAUUAGGGAUUUUGUGUUUCUUUUUUUGCUAAUUUCUAUGGUAUGCAGCUGAGCUAUAGCAUUAGAGGAGAGGACAUGCCUCCAAAGUUGUGCAAGUCCCUCAGGAAGGGGGAGUGCAGUGCUGCCUGCCCUGAAUAAUCCCUGAACUUUUAUUCAGCUGUUGAAAAGAUCUCCCACACAGGCAGCACUGUCAGAUCUUUGUCCUGGGAUCUGGGGUGUAUGAACAAGCACUGAUUUGGAGGCAGUUUCUAAUUCAAAAUUCCUUCCCUUUAAAACCCAAUAUGAUGAUGUGAACUUGAAGAUAAGCUUGAGUUCAUUUAAGUAAUGGAAACUAACAGUGUGAUGUAAACUUGAAGCAUAAUUAAUAUGGUCUUCCCUGAAGCUGUUUACAGUUAUACCACAAAUAGCAAAGUACUCCAUGUUCUUUCCACCUCUGUGACAGGAGCAGAGUUUGUUGUUCAAGAAUAGGUAGAUACAAGCUUUUGAUUAGUU